AAACAGGCACAAGUGGCUUCUGCGCAUGGUUCCACCCUCAUUUCCGAAAUUAUUAGCGACUCUACGAUGAAGAAGACGGUUUCCUGCGAACAUGCUCUUACUCAACGACUCCGAUGACAGCUUGCAAUUGAUCGCAUUAAGCAACACAUUCGAAUCAUGGGGCUGGGAGUGAUCGCUGCUGGCGUCUAAAAUGACGGUUCCUGGGUCACAUCACACAAGUCGAAAGCAAGGCAACCAUCAGCUAGAGAUCAAAUUGCAAAGGCAAAUAGCUUCAGACAAUCUGCAGAGUGCAUUAGCGGCCUUUUAUACUCAACAACGAAGAACGAAAAUAAACAUCGAUAUGAUGAGAAGACGAUAUGGAUUCCACCUCACUGAUGCUUUCUGGUCAUGCCGUGCUAUUGCGCAGGCUAGAUGCUGCUUCCUUUCUCGCCGGGAGAGUACUCAAAGGUCCAACCUUCUUGGUGUGCAACUAUGCCCCAUUGCCGGGGCCUCUACAUUACCUACUGGGCAACCAAUGAAGAACCAGAUAUUACGGCCUGGAAUUCAGACCCUUCACUUUGACAAAAUCACAGCACCACAGCUGAAUUCAUCAAGCUGGUUCCUACUGGAAGAGAUCCUCAGUGAGACCCGGAAGAAACACAACCAUACGGGUUAUAUCUGAUUCAUACAACUUACUAUUUAUCAUUCAUCUUUUAACAUAAUUCUAUCUUUACCUUAUUCUACCUUAUUCCUAUCACAUCAACCGACUCAUAUUGGCCGACACAAUGUCAGGUUCUGUGGAU